AUGAAUUGGCACUUUCGGUCAUCGCCCGCCUUUAUCACGUUUGUCAUUUCAUACGCAGUGUUCACAGAUCAAUUUCUGUAUUCAAGCAUUAUUCCCGUGAUACCGUUUGCUCUACACGACAGGCUCGGCUUGCCAGACAAAGAGAAACAAUACUGGACAGCCGUCAUGUUCGCCGUAUUCGGCAUCGCCUGUACUGUGGCCUCUGUACCGUGGGCAUUGUUAUCAUAUCGAUUUUCUUCCCACAAAACGCCAUUUCAGAUUGGCUUGGCUGUUCUGGUUGGAGCAACACUUCUUUUGUGGCUUGGGAGGGAUCUCGCUACGCAGCUUACAGGUCGAACUUUGCAGGGUCUUGGGAGUUCAAUUGUGUGGGUCACUGGCAUGGCCGCUCUCGCUGAUGCUGUCGGAUCAGCACACAUCGGGGAGGCCACUGGCUGGGUUGCCAUCGCCUUGAACGCCGGCAGUCUGAUUGCUCCUUUGGUGGGCGGCAGCAUUUUUGAAAGGUCCGGAUAUCACGCUGUGUACGCCCUGAUCAUGGCCGUAUUGGUGCUUGACGUCGUCUUUCGCUUUAUCAUGAAAGAACGGCUCGGUGCGGCUAUCAACAAUCCCUUGGAUGUGACGACCGUGACACCCAGGAUCGGGAGCAUCCACUCAAAACCUGCAGAAAUAAAGGAGCAAUUUUCGGAAGAAGGGAAGCGUGAUAAGUUUCCAGCAUCGCAAGUACAAGAAUACGAUCUUGAAGCCGGUUCCGAUCAGGGUGCUGCUGCUGCGGGUGUCGACAACAAGGCAGUGGAAUGGACAAAAGGCCGUACUGUACCUGUGAUCCUGCAAAUGCUCUUCGUUCCUCGCAUGAUCGCAGCGUCAUGGGGAAUACUAGCUCUUGCGGGUGUAUUGUCAGGUUUUCAGACUAUCUUACCUCUGGUCGUGCACAAAAUAUUUGGAUGGAACGCCGAGGGUGGUGGUCUCAUCUUCUUACCAUUGACCGUCCCAGCGCUGCUCGGCCCCUUCGUCGGCCGUCUGACAGACAGAUUCGGAGGGCGAUGGUUUUCAUUCCUCAGCUUUCUGUUCAUGGCUCCUUCACUUAUACUCCUUCGUCUUGUUGAGGACAAUUCUAUUGGUCACAAGAUCAUGAUCUGCACAUUGCUUACCUGCAUCGGGAGCUGUUCGACUUUGGCAUUGGAGCCUUUGUUUGCGGAAAUCACCAAAGCCGCCGACGAGGUGCAUGCCUCUAGUCUCGGUUGCUCUCAACCAAGACAGAACUCGUACUUAGAAGCAUACGCACUAUUCAGCACUGCCUGGGGUGCCGGGGAUGUGGUCGGUCCUUUUCUGGCGGGAUUCAUCUUGAACGCAGCAGGUUGGAGAACCACAACAUGGGUGUUGGGUUUGUUGGCAGGCGUAAGUGCAAUUCCUGCAGUCUUGUUUUGUGACGGAUACAUCUGGUCAUUGCCACCUCGAAGAUCAUCGAGCAGCGUGUGA